AUGGUGAUUGAUUAUAUUCGCAAACGUGAGGAUUUGCAUUGUUUAGCUUUAAAACAUGCUACAAAUUGUAAAAAUAUUAAAGACUAUUGUGAUAAAAUUGAGAAAGGUGAUUUACAAAAUGAUGAAUUAGAAUUUCGAGCUUUGGCUAUGUUAUGUUGUCUAUUGAUUCGUGUUUUUUCAAUAACAAAAACCUUAGAAGGCAAUAUAAAUAUUAAUGUUUUGAAUUAUGGUGAACAUAUAGAAUCAUUCACAGAAUGUAUUUAUAUUCUUUAUGAUGAAGAAAAUAAACAUUAUGAUCCAUUAUAUGCGAUUAAUAAACAAAAACCUGAUGAAAAUAUCACAAUUUUUAAACGUGAUGAUGAAACCAUUGUCCAACUUGUUUACAUAUUUCUUCAAGAAGAAUUUCAUUAUGAUGCUAAUAUACAAUCAGAUUGUAAUAAUUUAGUUGUUGAAAGUGACCUACCAACUGAACCAAAUGGUAAGCAAAUAAUCUU